AUGAAGGAUGAUUUAGUGGAGUGCGGUGCUAUACCUACAUAUGAAACUUGGUUUGUUAGGAAGAUCUUAGAAGCAAGGAAGUUUAUUAUACAAGCAACAUCUCUUCAAGGUGAUUUGCAGAGCAAACUUCAAUCUAUGGUAUCACAGUCAAAGUUUUCCAUUAAGAAAAUACAUAUAAGUCUAAUGCCUCCACUCCCCAAAACACCGUGGAAGAGCCUCAUUCUGAAAACCCGCAUACAUCCAAGAUAUAAUUUCACACUUUGGUUGGCUUUAAUGAGGAGAUUGGCUAUUGUAGUUAGGCUCCUGAAAUUUGGUACCACUGUGCCCCCUACUUGUGUCUUUUAUGGCUUAACUGAUGAAAUAUUAGCCCAUAUAUUCUUUGAAUGUAACACUACAGAGACUAUAUGUGCAAGACUACUGCUAUGGAUAGGCUUACCCAGAACAGUUGGAACUUGGGAGGAGGAAUUAAGAUGGACACUCAUCUGGGCAAAGAGAAAGAGUGGGAAAGGAGAAAUGGUCUGCACUUUAUUUGCUUUGGUCAUUGCUUUGUUAUGGAGGGAAAGAAAUAGAAUCAGAUUUCAAAAUGGCAACUUCAGAGCUGACAUGUUAUGCAGAGAAAUGGCUAUUCACAUUCACACUAGAGGUCCAGCAAAGAGUACAUGUGGUGUAGAAUUGUCAAAGCUUCAAGGAUAUCCAUGA